AUGCGCGAGCCAAACAAUACGGAAAUUGGAAUAGCGCGAAGCAUCAAACGGGAAUCCCCAGAUUCCCUGGCAGAAGAAUCUACUGUAGAAGAACCUACUGUAGAAGAAUCUACUGUAGAAGAGUCUACUGUAAAAGAAUCUACUGUAGAAGAAACUACUGUAGAAGAAACUACUGUAAAAGGAUCUACUGUAGAAGAAUCUACUGUAGAAGAAUCUACUGUAGAAGAAUCUACUGUAGAAGAAUCUACUGUAGAAGAAUCUACUGUAGAAGAAUCUACUGUAGAAGAAUCUACUGUAGAAGAAUCUACUGUAGAAGAAUCUACUGUAGAAGAAUCUACUGUAGAAGAAUCUACUGUAGAAGAAACUACUGUAGAAGAAUCUACUGUAAAAGAAUCUACUGUAGAAGAAUCUACUGUAGAAGAAUCUACUGUAGAAGAAUCUACUGUAGAAAAAUCUACUGUAGAAGAAUCUACUGUAGAAGAAUCUACUGUAGAAGAAUCUACUGUAGAAGAAUCUACUGUAGAAGAAUCUACUGUAGAAGAAUCUACUGUAGAAGAAUCUACUGUAGAAGAAUCUACUGUAGAAGAAUCUACUAAAGAAGAAUCUACUAAAGAAGAUGAUCCAAAUAACUCAAAUGACGACUCAAUUAACAUACCAUUGGAACGAUUCUAA